AUGAAGCCAACACAACUGUGGAUAUUUUUCUCUCUGUUUGGGACAGCCAUACUGCAGAGUAAUACAGAUGUUCAGAGCCUGCUAACACAGCUCUUUACAACAAAUAACUAUAAUACAUUGAUAAGACCCAGUACCAACCAAUCGGCACCAAAGGAGAUUGAUAUCAGCUUUAACCUAUAUGGAAUAACUGAUGUUGAUGAAAUUGAACAAAAACUAACAACUACAGGAUGGUUGGUUAUAACAUGGAAAGACGAUCUGUUGACAUGGACACCAGCUUCUUAUAAUGAGUUAGAUAAAUUGUAUUUACCGCAGGGUAAUGUUUGGAAACCUGACGUGUCUUUGCAAAAUGGAUUUAGCGAGUUGGAAGAACUAGGGUCUAAGUUUAUUCAAGUUUAUGUCCAUAGUUCAGGCUAUAUUAUGUGGAGACCUUUUCAGGUAUUUGAGACUAAAUGCGAUUUGGAUUCAAAAUACUUCCCUUUUGACGAACAAAAAUGUCAUCUAAUUUUUGUGUCAUGGAGUCAUUCAUCUGACGAUAUUACGUUGACACAGACCAGUAACGGUAUAGAUCUCUCUGACGAAUUGGAUAGUCAUGGUGAGUGGAAAAUUACUUCCUCUUCUGCCACUAGUGAGUUUGAGGGUUUUAUAUCCAAAGUAAAAUUCACAAUCGUGAUUAAACGAAAACCUUUGUAUACGAUUAUGAAUAUCAUUCUACCAAUUAUUUUGUUGGCGUUGUUAGACAUCUUUACAUUUAAGAUUCCUGCGGAUACUGGUGAACGUUUGGGCUACACAAUAACUGUCUGGUUAUCAUUUGCUGUAUUUCUCACCAUCGUCUCAGAUUCCCUGCCCCAAACCUCGGAAUCAGUUCCAAUUGUAUCAGUUUAUAUCAUUAUACAACUGUUCAUGGGAACAUUAGUUGUUUUGAUAUCGACAGUGGAAGCUGGUCUUGUUACAAAUCCGGAAAGUGUACCAGUGUAUGAUAUACUGAAAUUUAUUGCAUUGCGGUUGCGUCGAAACAAUGUAAAAUCGUCUGAGGAUAUGGUAAUGAAAAUAGAUCCGGAAAUAUCGGAAGUCACGUGGAAAGAAGCCAUCACUGCAGUAGACACCUGUUUGUUCUUGAUUUGUAUGGGUAUCUUUUUCAUUACUACUCUUAUUUGCUUUUUGAUUAUAGCAAUAUUACGAGACAGUUGAUUGCGAUAAUUAAAUUAUUUAGUUAACGGAAUAGUAGUUUGCCGACUGUCGUGUGCAUAUCAGUAAAAGAAACAGCAAAUGUCAAAUAUUAUGGAACUUUGUGACAAUAUUAAAAAAAAAUAAAAUGUUUGUACCAUAAGCAUAGACAAUCUAGAUUGUUUUUAAAUUGAUAAUUCUCUUAUAAACGUUUUGUACUAGACAUUCUCUUA